CGUCCCGUUAAUAGGAUUAAGUACCUUCUCAUCAGAUAAGUAGAACAUGGCAAAAUCCCUGACAAUCCCUGAAAUAAGUUCAGAACACAGCCCAACCCCUUCCUGACGCAGGGAGCAGAAGAGGUGCAAAAUAUUAAUGAAAGAACAUGAGGUCCUCCUGGAUAUUUAUAAUACAUGUGCUGUGUCUGAGUGGCCACCAGUGCGCACCGACGAAGCAGGAGGAGAUGAAUCUCCGGGACAACCUCAAGCAAUUAUCUGAAGUUGGAGAGAAGUAUGUGGAUGAAGAGGUAAAGAAAGCUUUGAUUGGUAUUAAGCAGAUGAAAAUUAUGAUGGAAAGAAAUGAAGAUAAGCACAUAGAUCUGAUGAAAACCUUGAAGAAGAGCAGUGAAGAAAAACAGCAAGCCUUGCGACUUAUGGAUGAAGUAAAGGCAAGACUGGAAGAAGAGGAAAGACAAUGUCAAGUAUCCUUGAAAAAUCUAUGGGAUGAAUGUGAAUCUUGUUUAGAAAGUACCUGCAUGAGAUAUUACACAACUUGCAAACACGGUGUGUCAACCUUUAAGAGAAAGGUUGAAGAUUUUUUGAGGAAAAUACCUCCACUCAUAUUUACUUUUCAUGAGGAGCAAGGAAGAGACAUCCAGUCUAAUGAAAAGCCUGAGAAAGAGGAUACUCAGCUAUUAAAGAUGGAAGAUUUAUUUAGCCAGCUAUUAUCGGAUGUCGGCUCAAUAUUUGACAGAAGUUUCAUUUUUUUCAAGCGCAUGCAAAAAGAAUUUGACCAGUCUUUUCAGACUUAUUUCAUGUCUGACCUGGAGUUGAGUGAGUCCCCCAGUAUGCCAGCUUUACCCGAGGUCACUACCAGAAGUGAAGGCCCCCAGAGAGGCUGGGGCAUGCCCCGCUUCUUACAGACAGUUUUUGAUUUCAGCAGGACGGUGUUCAAAGGUGUCAGUGAGGUGAUCACCGACGUGUUUGAUGAAUACAGAGAUUACAGAAGAGAUGUGCCAGAACAAACCAAAGAUCCUGACAGAAGUGGCAUGUUUUCAAAAAUUGUGUCAGGGCGCCAGAGACUUCAGUGCAAGGAGCUCCGGGAGAACUCCUCUGGAUGCCCACAGUUUCAUGAGAGAUGCCAGAAAUGUCAAGACAAUCUUUUACAUGAUUGCCCAAACGUUCCUGAGCUGCACAUAAAGUUUGAUGAAGCCUUUAAGCUGGUUAAUCUCUCAGGGGAGCAGUACGAGCAGAUUCUCCAGGUGGUUCGGCAUCACACGGAGGACACUUCCUACUUGCUGAACAAAAUGAAAGAAAGAUUUGGGUGGGUGUCUGAGUUAUCCAACAUGACCAUUGGACCAGAAAAUAUUUUCAACAUAGUUAAGGUGGUACCUGGGGAUCCCUCCAGUAAAGAUGAAACUGUGGUAGAUGUGAACGUUCUGACUUCACCUACUUUCACCAUUAAAGUUCCUCCCAACUUAGAUCCCAAGAGUCCUGAGUUCAUCGAAUACAUAGCUGGGAGAGCACUCCAAUUGUAUAAGCAGAAUUUUUAAGUGGGAAGAAGAAGUGUGAAUUCUUUCUUCCUGAAAUAAAGUAUAUGCUCCUUAGUUGAACUACUCCUAUGCUCAACAUAGCUAACUGUUAAAUUUCUAUGGUUAAAAUAGCUGCAUAUAAAUAAAAUGUUGCUUAGUAAAUACUGUGACAUAUAAGCUAUCAACCAAAGACUGUAGAAAUCUUUUAACUCAAACCCAAAACCAAAUCCAUUUAAAUAUUAGUAUAUUUAAAUAAAAUGUUAUUUAUGUUGUCAGUAAGUAAUCUUUGAUAACAAGCUAUGGCUCUGGUUAUGCAAAGAUUUAAGGACAUAAUCAGCUGUAAGCAUAAAAGUAAUUUCUAUUUGCAUACUUACAUUCAAGCACAUUCUCAAGCCUUUUCAAGACUGAUCCCUACAGAUGUUGCACAUUCAGCUAAGUCUGAAUGAACCAGAUUUCCAUCUGCAUGUAGCAUAUUAUUUUGCAAUGAAAAUAUUCAAUUUUUCUUCCAGUUGCUUUUGAAGCUUAUUGUGUACAUUAAAUGACUUAUCUGAAUAUGCAGUAAUGAGUAAGUCUUCUGCCUUUGGCAUUUCUUACAAACAAUUGUCUGCCUCUAGACUUUAUUUCUUAAUUAAUUAAAAGCCUU